AUGCAAGAAAUUCUAUUUCUAUUGUUAUUUGUUCAAGUCGCUCACUCCUUUUCUGCCUCUGAUUUAUUGGGAGGAGUGGAAAAAGUGAGUCGAUCUAUCAAUAUUCCUGCAAAUAUUGUAUCGCUUUUGAGACUUGGAAACGAUGGAUGCACAGAAAACACCGGCUUCAAUUCGUCUUUUACCGGAGAGAUUCUCCAUCUCGCCGGUGAAUUCAGUGACAAUAAAACGGAAAACCAUCUAUUGAAGCUCAACUUUGAGUCGGAAAAUGGACUGACACCACUUUCCAUCACCUCUAGAAUGCACAGUUUUUGGAAAAAUCAAGUGUCCUUAGCGGCUAUCUAUGAAGUAAAAUUCCUUAAUGGAAUCGUGAUGAACGACACGUUGCCCAGUCCGCUAAAAGAGUCGAACCAAUUUGAUAUUCGGAUUCGUUUUCUCGAGAAACAAAUCCAGAUCUUCUUCAAUCAAGGCGAAGUUGGGACCUACCCCAAGCCGGACUCGCUUGCAAAGAUCAAAAAGAUUACAUUCUGCAGCAAGUACACAAAGGAAUUGAAGCUUUUCAGAUUUGAAGGGCAAACUUUCACAAACCCUUUCACUGGAGAUUUCAACUUUGGAGUGGGUAAUCGCUUGGAAAUCUCCGGAUUGCCGGUUCCAAAUGUAUUCGAUGAAGCUAAAAUGCAAAAGCUCCUAAUUGAGAACGAGAAAUUUGAGGACACUCGGCUAGAAAGAAAGAAUAAGAACCCUGAUGUGAAAAUCGAUCUCGAGGACUUUUUAAAGGACUUGAAGAAUGGACGAGUGAAAAGGCAGGCUGUUAGACAAGCCAGAUCUCCCGGAGACGUUCUUGACAUUUUCAAGAAACCGAUAAAAUGGUAUGGUCAUCCCGAGGGCAGAAAGGAGUUUGAUUCAUUUCUCGGCGACUCCUUGCUGCUCAAUCUUGAUUAUCAAGGGUUUGUACCAUUUGAGCACAAUUUUCUCUUCGAUACUGCGGGUUAUCUCGUCGGAGGGAUGCUUCCAUCUACCAGUUACCGAUACAAAGGCGAGACAAAAACGCACUCGAGUUGCUACAAAUGUCGAUGGUAUUGUGAAUCAUGCUGUGAAUCGUGUGAUUACUUCCAUCAGCAAUCGAGAGGAGAGUCAACAAGAAAACAGUUCAUGGAGGACAUUAAGAGUGUAGAUAGGAAUAAACCGCUAAGUGAGCGAUUCGAUGUGACCUUUCUUUCAAAAGAAAACGAAAAGGUUUUCCAGCUUACCAUUCAAUUUUACAACAAAACAAUCAUCCGGACAAGCUACAACAAUGGAGUAACAGAAAAAGUUGAAAAAGAUGGAGAGUUUCCGAUUCGGCGAUGGAAAAUCUUUGAUCUGUCUGUUCUCAACUCCGAAGACAAAUUGUGGAUCUUCUUCAAUGGAAAGCUUUUUAAUAGCUUCAAACAUGGAUCACAAACAAAAGAUAAAAUUACCAAGAUUCGAAUUGAUGGUGAUUUGGAAAUUCAUCAAGUGUCGAUGACAAAG